CGUUCAAAAUGGCCUCCCAAUCCGUUCAGUGCUUCGGCAAGAAGAGGACCGCGACCGCUGUCGCCCACUGCAAGGCCGGCAAGGGCCUCAUCAAGGUCAACGGAAAGCCUCUUUCCCUCGUCCAGCCCGAGAUCCUCCGCUUCAAGGUCUACGAGCCCGUCCUGAUCCUCGGCCUCGACAAGUUCGCCGACGUCGACAUCCGCGUCCGCGUCUCCGGUGGUGGUCACACCUCGCAGAUCUACGCCAUCCGCCAGGCCAUCGCCAAGUCCAUCGUCGCCUACUACCAGAAGUACGUCGACGAGCACUCGAAGAACCAGCUCAAGCAGGCCCUCGUCCAGUACGACCGCACACUCCUCGUCGCCGACAACAGACGGUGCGAGCCCAAGAAGUUCGGCGGUCCCGGUGCCCGCGCCCGUUACCAGAAGUCCUACCGUUAAGCUACUCUCCCGCAGCGGAGAAUGCUUGGCGGCUCACAAAAGUCUCGACUUCGGACUUGGAAUCAUCUGCGAUCUGGUGGCGAGGAGUUUGCAGCGGUGCGCAUGGGCUUUCAGUAUGGAUGCGCGCGCGCUGGGCAGGUGAUUGUGUGAAGGCGCAUGGGCCCGACUCGGUUUCUGACGGGAGUCCGUGUGACGAUAAAACGAAUCCAAAGAUUGCAAGACACGCUGCGGAUGAUGGACAGCACGUGUGCAG